UGGUAGCAUGGGCAGCCAUGCGUCUCGAGUCCUCCCAAAGAACCUCCUGCCCCACGGCACGAGCGGGCCGCAGCUCGUCGGCGCCAACAACCACAACAAGCGCCGGAAGGAUGCCGUGUGGCAGUCGAGCAUCCUCGCCUCGCUUUUUUGUGUCGAGCCGCCUCUGCAGCUCUCGGCCAUGUCGCUCGACAUUCUACUACCCGCGACCGGCGCUGCGAUCGCGUCCGGGCUCGACAAGCUCCUUAUCUACGACGGGUCGAUCUCGGCCGACGUCCUCGGUGUUGGUGACGUUGCUUUCCACGUCCACCCGAUCGUGAACCGUGAUGCAGCGACCAUCAGCACCGAAGACGCACCGUCGCUCGUGCAGUUUAUUCAUGAUCAAAAGGACGUCCGGAGCUUUGUGACGGACGAGGUGCUCAUCAGCUGCGUCCGAGACAUGCGGUCGCAGAUCAACUAUCCCCACGAAGGCAACUUGUACAUCCUCCGGUUUCUGAUUCCAAAGGGCAGCCACAUGGAUGUUGUCGCCAAAUCCGUGCUCGCAACCAACAUUUCCGUGCAGGGCAAGGUCCGCGCACUCACCGUGUCGGUCGAUGCAGAGUUGGCGCCUGGAUCACGGACAUCGAGCGCCAAGUGGCGCCCGGUGGCUUCUGUGCGGAGCUUUGGCCGGUCGAUGCUUGACGAGCGCGUUGCGAUCAGCGAAGACUGUGUCCGCAUCAUGCGCGCUAGCCCGUUUUUUGCAGACAUUUCAAGCCGCGACCUCACGCAGCUCGCCGACCUCGGGACCAUUUCGCUCGUGGACGCCAACGUGCGCCUCAUGGCCGAAGGCGAACUUGGUGGACGAGAAAUGUCCAUUCUGUUGGCAGGAACCAUCGCCGUUCAAAAGAUGGACCCGGUUCAAGGGACGCUACGGACUGUUGCUGUGCUCCACAGCGGCGCGUGCAUUGGCGAAACCUCGUUUCUCGUCCAUAUGCCCCGUACGGCAACGCUCGUGACCGAAGCCACGUGCAUGCUCAUCAGCCUCGACGGCAGCUCCUUUCUGCGCUUUCUCCAGAACUUUCCGCAAGUCCACCGGAAAUUGCAAGGCAUGCUCUGCGAACGGUUUGUGCAAAACAUUGCCGCCCAAGGUGGCGUGCCGUUCUUUCGCGCGAUUCCGUUUGAGCAUCUUCUCGCGUGGGCCCAGCACUGCUACAUUGAAGACGGCGUGCCCGCCUUCCAGAGUGUGUUACCGAUCGUCGGCACGCCCAAGUUUAGCAUCCUCCUCUCGGGCAGCGUCGAGCAUUUGCAAAGCGGGACACAAAAGACACUUGUCUCGACGACUGGGUACUUUGGCUCGUUUGGUCACGUGCCCUUGCCGCAGGCUGGUCCCUGGGGCAGCGAAGCGAGUACGACGACGCCGUGCGUCUUUCUUUCUUGCGACCAAGUCGCCACGGACCGGGUAUUUGAUCGGUCAGCCAUUGCGGCCAUUCAGCUACGCCUGAGUCGACAAAAAAUUGACGUUCUGCCGCUUCUCGACCUCCCAGACGCGCGCAAGGCGCUCCUCGAGUUUGCGGACGCUGAAUUCAGCACCGAAAACCUCUUAUUUAUCCUCGCCGUGCAGCAGUUUAAGCUCUCGCCAUCGCUCGAGCGCGCCAUUAGCAUCGGGAACGAGUACAUUGAUGAUCGCGCGGCGCAGCAAGUGAACAUUGAAGCCAAGAUGCGCGAAGAAAUUCUCUCGUCGCUGGCAUUGCGCGUCCCAAGAAGCACCCGAUCGUUGUUGCCGGUCCUUUUGCCGGCGUCACUGGCGACGCUCUUUGAUAGCGCGUUUGACGAGAUCUUGCGUCUCGUGCGCAAGGACACGCUACCGCGCUUCAAGAAGACGUCGCUGUUUGCGGACUUGCUCUCGGCGUACCCGCUCUUCCUGCACGAGUGUCGAAGCGCGCCGUCGCCGCCACCGCUCAAUUCCAAACGUUCAGAAGUCAACAAUGUUCACCGCCGCUUCGCUGCCAUUUUGAACCAAGUGCGCGACGAUCGACGAAGGCGCCGAAAACUGCGCUCGAUCAACCACCGACCGUCGUUGCUUGAACCCCUUUUUGCGGCCGUUGCCCCCCAUAUGCCCCACGCCCCAACACUACCUCGGUAGUCCAACAAGAAAUAGUCCUUAGUGUAUAAACAUCAACUUGAAAGACUUGGGUCUCCAUUAUC